UAUGACUCACGUGUUGCUUUAGGUGAUCAGAAACAUGGCUACAGCCGUCCUUGGGUCUGUGUUCUUGAACUCUGUGGCUCGUCGGUCAGUUGGGUGUUGUGGACUUGUACCAACAUGGGUUCGACAUGCAGCACCCACAUUACAGCUAGUUCCCAGACGCUGUAAGCAGUGGCAGCCUGACCCAGAAUGGAUGGAGCAGUAUUCAGGAGUUGUCAUGUACCCAAGUAGCAUCACAGAAAAAUGGGCUCCUCCACCUUGGAAUGAUAAAGACCCUCCUGCAGAGCGAAAAGUGUCAAACCUCACUAUUAACUUUGGUCCCCAACAUCCAGCUGCUCAUGGAGUGCUUCGCUUGGUGAUGGAGCUGAGUGGUGAAUCUGUGAAGAAGUGCGACCCUCACAUUGGCCUCCUACACCGUGGUACAGAAAAACUUAUAGAGUAUAAGACGUAUUUGCAGGCUCUCCCAUACUUUGACCGCUUAGACUAUGUCUCAAUGAUGUGCAACGAGCAGGCAUUUGCACUAGCGGUGGAGAAGCUCCUUAACAUCCAGCCACCACCCAGAGCACAGUGGAUCAGAGUCCUUUUUGGAGAGAUCACGCGCAUCUUAAAUCAUAUAAUGGCUGUCACUACUCAUGCCUUGGAUAUUGGUGCGAUGACCCCUUUCUUCUGGAUGUUCGAGGAGAGAGAAAAGAUGUUCGAGUUUUAUGAAAGGGUAUCAGGUGCACGUAUGCAUGCUGCGUAUGUCCGACCAGGUGGAGUACAUCAGGAUAUGCCAUUAGGCCUGAUGGAUGACAUCUACGAAUUCAUAAAAAACUUCUCCAUACGAAUUGAUGAAGUAGAGGAGAUGCUUACCAACAAUCGGAUCUGGAAGAAAAGGACUGUUGAUAUUGGGAUAGUAUCAGCAGAAGAUGCCCUUAAUUAUGGGUUCAGUGGAGUAAUGCUUCGAGGUUCUGGAAUCAAAUGGGAUCUAAGAAAGGUGCAACCCUAUGAUGUAUAUGACCAGGUGGAGUUUGACAUUCCCAUUGGUACCAAUGGGGAUUGCUAUGACCGCUACCUCAUUCGAGUGGAGGAGAUGAGGCAGUCUUUGAGAAUCAUUCUACAGUGUCUAAACAAGAUGCCUGAAGGUGAAAUCAAAGUAGAUGAUGCAAAGAUUGCACCCCCAAAGAGAGCAGAAAUGAAGUCUUCAAUGGAAUCCUUAAUUCACCAUUUCAAACUGUAUACUGAGGGUUACCAAGUCCCUCCUGGGGCCACCUACACUGCUGUGGAAGCUCCUAAGGGUGAAUUUGGAGUUUAUCUAGUUUCGGAUGGAAGCAGCAGACCAUACCGUUGUAAAAUAAAAGCACCUGGAUUUGCACAUCUGGCCGGUCUGGACAAAAUGUCAAAGGGCCAUAUGCUGGCUGAUGUAGUGGCAAUAAUUGGUACUCAGGAUAUCGUGUUUGGAGAAGUCGAUAGAUAAGGGAAGAGGAAGUGUUUGCUGUACUGUGCUUGCUGGAGCAAGGUGAAGUCCUUCUGUGUCAUUUGUCAGAUGCCCUGCCGAUCUUCACAUUGUCACUUUGUGUUUAUAUGUAUACUUUUGAAAUGGCAUUCCUCUAGGAAAGGGUAGAAUGCUGUUUAUCUGUGAAAUUGGACCUUAUAAAUAAAGUGACAACAUAAACAUUUA